AUGAGGAUGAUGAUGAUGAUGAGGGAAAUUGGCCACAAAGAUAAUGAGGAUGUUGAGAUCAAUGGCGAUAAUGAAGGUGAUAGGAAAAGAGAGAGAGAGAGAGAGAGAGAGAGAGAGAGAGAGAGAGAGAGAGAGAGAGAGAGAGAGAGAGAGGAGAGAGAGAGAGAGAGAGAGAGAGAGAGAGAGAGAGAGAAGGAUAAUGGGAGAGGGAAACAAUGGAAGCGAAAUUCUGAUGAAGAAGAAGAAGAAGAAGAAGAAGAAGAAGAAGAAGAAGUAAUAAAAAAAGAACAGUCAGUUAUAGAGAAGGAACAGUCAGUUAUAAAGAAGAAACAGUCAGUUAUAGAGGAUAAACAGUCAGUUAUGGAUGAGGAAUCAGUUAUAAAGAAGGAACAGUCAGUUAUAGAGAAGGAAACGUCAGUUAUAGAGAAGGAACAGUCAGUUAUAGAUGAGGAACAGUCAGUUAUGGAUGAGGAAUCAGUUAUAGAGAAGGAACAGUCAGUUAUAGAGAAGGAAAAGUCAGUUAUAGAGAAGGAACAGUCAGUUAUGGAUGAGGAACAGUCAGUUAUAAAGAAGGAACAGUCAGUUAUAGAGAAGGAAAAGUCAGUUAUAGAGAAGGAACAGUCAGUUAUAGAGGAGGAACAGUCAAUUAUAGAGAAGGAACAUUCAGUUAUAGAUGAGGAACAGUCAGUUAUAGAGAAGGAACAGUCAGUUAUAGAUGAGGAACAGUCAGUUAUAGAGAAGGAAAAGUCAGUUAUAAAGAAGGAACAGUCAGUUAUAGAGGAGGAACAGUCAGUUAUAGAGAAGGAACAGUCAGUUAUAGAGAAGGAACAGUCAGUUAUAGAGAAGGAACAGUCAGUUAUAGAGAAGGAAAAGUCAGUUAUAGAGAAGGAACAGUCAGUUAAGGAUGAGGAACAGUCAGUUAUAAAGAAGGAACAGUCAGUUAUAGAGGAGGAACAGUCAGUUAUAGAGAAGGAACAGUCAGUUAUAAAGAAGGAACAGUCAGUUAUAGAGAAGGAACAGUCAGUUAUAAAGAAGGAACAGUCAGUUAUGGAGAAGGAACAGUCAGUUAUAGAGAAGGAAAAGUCAGUUAUAGAGAAGGAACAGUCAGUUAUGGAUGAGGAACAGUCAGUUAUAGAGGAGGAACAGUCAGUUAUAAAGAAUGAACAAUCAGUUGUAGAGGAAAAACAGUCAGAUAUAAAGAAGGAACAGUCAGUUAUUGAGCAGGAGCAAUCAGUUGUAGAGGAGGAACAGUCAGAUAUAAAGAAGGAACAGUCAGUUAUUGAGCAGGAGCAAUCAGUUGUGUUGAAACUAUUUGGGAUUGUUGCUGACCCUCCUGACGAGAUCAUCCCUCGGGCGGCUCUUGAGGAAUGUGUCCUCGAGGGUGAAAAAUGUUUCGACUUUUUACUUUCCUGUAAGGUCAUCGACGCCUGUAUAGAUUCUCCAUAA